AUGCUGUUGUGGCUUACAUAUUCAUUGGGGCCACUUACAAAACCCCAACUUCAGGCAGCGGUCGAGAUUCGGCUUGGCAGUGACGACUUUGAUCCAGCCUACCAACCAUUGAUCGAAGUAGUCGAAGAGUUUUGUUCCAGUGAUAUUAUCUCUAUCAAACCACCUGGACAACGAUUGUCAUUGGUGCAUUACUCACUCAACGAGUAUCUCCAACGGUUUCUUCCAAGUGUGAUGUCUCAUCUAUCCGGACCGAAUGAUCCUGACACAUUUAUUGCGAAGAAGUGUCUUACGUCUCUUCGAUGGAAUGCCUUUUCUCGUGAUAUCCCUUCUGAGCCAGGCGAACUUGAGGGUAGACUAGCCCGAUAUCCCAUACUGAGUUAUGCCGCAAGGUACUGGGGAGAACAUGCACAGCGAGGUGUGCCACAGCAUUUGAUGGACGACAUUAUCGCUUUGUUCGAUUCAAGCCAUAAUACGAUGUUCACCGGGUUGGUCAUGUCAACAUACGAACAACAUCCCAGUUACUACGAACGAGCCUAUCAAGGCAUGACUGGUUUGCAUAUAUCGGCAUACUUUGGCCUUACUAAGGUCGUAACACGAAUUCUGAAUGAUAAAAAAGUCCACCCCGAUGUUACAACUACUGGGGGCUGGAACGCGUUACACUGGGCUGCUAGGAGAGGGAUGACGUCGAUGGUUUCCACCUUACUGUCUUACAGUGCUUCGACUAGUGAGAGAACAAAGCUUGAUGGAUGGACCGCAUUACAUCUAGCAGCGAAGGAAGGUCACGUUGAUGUUGUGCUGGAACUUAUGAGAGCCAAGGUCGAUAUCAAUGCAAAGGAUGUUAAUCUCAGGACGCCGUUGUAUCUCGCAACGUGGGGGGGACACACCGAAGUCGUUCGUCAUCUUCUUCAAUUCUCCGCCGAUCCCAGUAUCCCUAAUGCAUAUGGUGCCACAGCACUGCAUUGUGCCGCAAAACGAGGACACGAGCGCAUUAUGUUCGAACUGUUAUCGACGGACAUCGACGUCAAGGUGAUUGAUAAAUCUGGAGUCACUGCAUUGGAUGAAGCUAUCAGAAAGAAAAACAACAGGAUCAUCUCCAUGCUAACUAAUGCUGGAGCAGAGACAAGACGGAGCAUCAAUACCUUACCAACCGAUAGCAUUGUCAAUGAUCUCAAUUGGGAGGCUUAUGCAGUCAAUAACCAGAGAACUGCAAGGGUACAGAAGGGGAUUCAAUGCACGUGCCAUGUUUUGGAGAAGGCUACUGGUUCUCACUCUUCUACAUCGCCACCGAUGAUCUUUCGCAAGACAUUCUCCUUGUCAGCCGACACUGAGGGAUUGGUGAAGAAGUAUUUCGAGUCAGAACGUAUGAUUCUCCAUCGGCUCCGACACCCAAACGUUGUGGCAUACUUAGACUUUGAUGAGGACCCAGACCAGAAUUCCGUUCUUCUAUACAUGGAAUAUUGUGACUUGGGAGAUCUAGAAACUUGUCAUGGGCGUCAGUUGACAAGAGCGAGCGAUAGUGGCGAGGAAGAAGAUGAGGACAGCGAAGACGGAGAUGACUAUGGCUUUUACAUAGAAGACGCAUCUUCAACAGAGGAAACGACAGCAUUGGACUCGCAGAGCACUUGGAGCCUGAUUGCGCAAUUGUCCAUGGCUCUUGCUUAUCUUCACUAUGGUUUGACUGUCAACUUUCGGGAAGAUACCUGGGAAGCCUCCUUCGAAAGCUCAUGGCAUAAUGUCAUACACCGAGACAUUAAACCUGCUAAUAUUGUGGUGCAAAGUUCUGAGUCCGAUGCACGCAUUUUCAAGCUUUGUGAUCUUGGCAUCGCUGCUGAGGCUGGGAAAGGUUCUGGGCACAACACAACACAGUACAUUGGUAGCCAAGCAUUCAGGCCUCCGGAAGUGAGUAGCGGUCGCCGUUGGUCGACUAAAGGAGAUAUUUGGUCCCUUGGAGCCACGAUCCGUGAGUUGAAAAAGCUCAAAGAUUCCAUGCUGGAGGCCUCGAUACAGAGAAUGGUCGACAAAUGCUCCGACAGAAAACAGAACAAUAGGCCAAGUAGCCUAGAAAUGCUAGAAGAGGCUCGUAAUGUGCUCGAGACAAAUCAGCUCAUGGAUACAUUGCCAAUUUCAUCGCGACUCCAUAUCCAGGCAGUGCAUGGUCUUUUGGGUGGUCACAAAGGAGGCUAUCUCAUGCAAGCGUUCAACUUGGUGGCGGAGCUCUUGGAUGAUAUCGUGCCUUUCCAUAACAAGCUGGCCAAAGAUCGUCGCAAAGAGACAAUCGAACGACUCUACGUUCUUUGGAAUGACGGUGUCGAACAGUGUUUCCAGCAGCAUCUAAAUGACUUCUCACUCCACAUUCUUGUGUUGCUCCCAUUGCCACCCAAGGCUCGUUCAAAACACAUACCCACCGUCAUCAACGUGACGCGCGUGAACGCCUGGUGGCAACGAUCGCGGUGGACACCCUUGCACCUUGCAGUUCAAGAGGGGAAUGAAGAGAUGGUUAAAGAUUUGUUACACAACGGGGCAGAUAAAGUGAAGGAAGAUAUACACGGUUGA